AUGUAUCCCUCUCUUGGGGCCAAGGACCAUCUGGUAUUCAGCCGCCUCCCAAUUCCCCUCAAGGAGCGCAUCCAACUCCGUCGGAAAUAUGGAAAGUAUUACACCAGGAGUUUCAAGCCUGUGAUGGGCACAAGCCAAGGGAAGAUUGGGGAUCCAUUAAACUGCCGCCUUAAGAGCGCGGUUGUCUCGGUGACUCUAGAUGAAGAGCAUGAAGACCUACCCCGCCGGUAUUCUAAAUACGACUCAGUUCCCGUUCAAAUAAUUAAACAUGGACCGCCUGACCUUUCUGGAGAGCCCGAUUCCGCUUCCAUCCUGAAGGAGUUUAACGCGACCCCUCAGCUUGACGGAGCUGGUAUGGUGGCGCUUGGUGGUGUUGGAAAUGGCGCUACUAUUGAGUGGCGGUUGCGUGAAAGCGAGCUUGGCCGUCAGCCAGCCCACGACAAUACGUUCCAUACAGGAUUCGCAUUUCAGCAUGGCGGCCAACCAUUCUAUAUCCGAGUUGAGGUUGGUGGUUACCUUGAAGGGAUAGGUUCGAAUAUGCGACAUAAGGUGACGCAUAAAUUCAAGAAAUUCAAAUUUCCUGCCACGCCUCAACCCGCGACAACACUAGUAGACUUUGGCGGUAGACACAACAAGUUCCGAAAUCCACUCGAUGAGCUAGCCCAGAAUUUACCUAACGAAAUGCUCCUGAAGAACAUGAAGCCAGUCGUCCGGGUCCCUGGGAAGCUCCCAGGAAACAGGUUACCUGAUGAGGUCUUGGAGCAAGAUACGCCGAAUUACUCUCUACAGAGCAAUCAAUAUAACCACGCUGGGAUUCCUUCGCCUCAUAUUCCAGAUACAUCCGAGUCUGUGAACAUAGAAGAGUUUAAGAGAAUGAUGCAAGCAUUGAUGUCGCUCGGACAACCUCCUAUAGAAAACAUCAACUCGGUUUCUAUAUCAGCAUCGCCACUAUCCAAUAGUCAGAUUUCAGAUACUACUGUCGGAGGAGUAUCCUCUCUUAAUAGUAGAGCCGGGACGUCAAUUGGUUCGAGCACAGAUUCGGGACAGCAGCAAAACGAAGUAACUCGAAGCGUGACUAUGGCCGAAGACACAAACCACGAAGAAGUCAGAAAGCAUGUUAGAGACGCCUCACUACCGAUUAUAUUAGAGCUAAUUAUUCUAUGGAUUCUGACGGUUGGGUCGUGGAUGUCUCCUUCGAAGAAAUUUAGGUAA